UUUCCCUGUCGUCAAACUAUAUAAGGGACAGCAUUACUGUUCUCUGCACACGGCGAACUUCAGGGAUUCACUCAUCAUUCAUCAUGAAACAUCUUGUUUUUCUUCUGUUACCUUUCUUUACUUUGAGUGAAGUUGUAGAUGAUUUUAGUAAAUGCAGUGAAUUCUUUUUGAACAACAAACCUCCUGAAUUCACACCAGCGAAGGGCAAUACAGUCAAGCACAUCUGCCAGUGUCUUUGGGGUGACAAAAACCAGCAGAUUUAUGUUUAUGCAACCUUGUACAGCACGACCUGGAAGAUCCCCAUCUACUCUGCAUACGUGUUUGGCAGCCCAAAUAUUGGGAGAUGUGAUGCUUGGUACAUUGAACCACAGUUGGAUGGAAAGACAAAGCCUAAAUGUAUGCAGCCUAAAGGCAAAGAUAAGACUAUUGGCACUAAUCAGGCUCUAAAAUGCGACUAUGCAGACUCUGACUAUGACAAAGGUCACCUCUAUCCCGUGCUCCACACCAACAAUCAUCUGUCUAUGCUGGCCACCUCCACACUGACCAACGCAGCUCCGCAGGACCCAGAUUUCAAUCAGGUGUCUUGGCUGAAACAUGAGAGAGAUGUAAUGAAAGACCUGAAUUCCUGUGAUAAGGCCUAUGUAGUGACUGGUGUAGUUCCUGACCUAGACCAAGAAAAAAUGAAUGAGAAAGUCACUGUGUCAAAGUAUUACUGGAGAGCCACCUGCUGUCAACAGAAAAAUAAGGCAGAUAAACGAAAGGCCUACUAUGGACCGGACAACAACGGCAAAGUGCAGGAAUUAACAAUAGAAGCACUUGAGGAACAGCUCGGAAAUUUUUUCAAAGUACCCUUUAAAAUUUUCCCAUCAAGAAAAAGACAGAGAAUAAAUGAUUAAAUCAUAGUUGGGUCAAAGACAAUUUUGGUGUCCACAUCAAAUUAAAUUUACAAAAGUGAUUUUAUAUACAUUAAAAAAUGUAUUAAAUGCAAGUAAAGAGUCUUCUUUAAUGUUUCAAAUAACUUUUGUGAAAAUAAAACAUCAAAAUGUGGGUGAAAUAAUGUUUUAAAGUGUAAAAUUGUCAUUUAGCGUAAUGGUCCGGACUUUGAUUUUGCCAUUACAUCUUUAAAUAAACACAUAAAA